AUGGCCAAAUGCUUUUUUGCAAAUAAAAAGGUAGGUUAUCAUACUUCAUCCAAUCCAAACCUUAUUGGUUUGAGGACAUCGAGCUCACACGCGAGGAAUCAGGUAGAUUCCUCGUGGGAUGAUCUACACGAUUUCACCAUUCUCAAGGAAUGGAAAUCGCCAUUCAAACAACAAAAUGGUCACCACCACACAAUCAAAGAGGAUAUCCAACUACUUAGAGAUAUGAACAGUCAGUAUCACCAGCCAAGACUCUUUACAUUACCAAUGAAGAAAGGUGAGGAGGCUCAAAAUUGUGUGAAAUUUGAAACACAUAAAUCCAAUUAUUUAGUUGAAUUAAUUGAGGGUAUUCUUCCAAAGGAAAUAAUUCAAGGCUCAAAAAUAUUAGUGAAAAUGACAGAAUCAUCAUUUCCAAAUAUAAUUUUCAUUAAUUUCUCGACAGCUGUAAAGGCAUACCAAGCAGACCAAUUUAUGCAACAAUGGAAUGAAUACACUCCACCAACCAACAAAAUUAAAUCUACUUUAAUAAAGAAAUCAUUAGAUCCACUUUAUACAAUAACCCAUGAUUCUAUUGAAUCUUUACCAGAAUAUCCAGUUCCAAAGAAUAUAACCGUUAUAACCAAUGAGAAAGAGGUUGAGAGUAAAACAAUCGAGUUAUUACUUGAUGGUGAAAAACCAAUGGAUAUACAGUUAUUAAGUAAAAUUGAACUAGGAAUGGAUUUCGAUUGGUAUCAUAAGAAUAUUACAUCCGAUGAACAAACAUUCUAUGUUCUCACUCUUUGUAACGAUGACAAUUGUGUUGUCUAUAAUCUAGAGUCCAUUGGAUGUUUACCUCCGAUCUUGGAGCAAAUAAUAUCAUCAAGGACAAUUGUAAAAGUAGGUUACAAUCAUAAGAUGGAAUCAACAAAAUUCGAGAAACAAUUCAAUGUCAAAUUGAAUGCCUAUGACGAUCUAUCAAAGACACCGAUUGUUAUGAGAAGUAAACCUAAAACAUUGAGAUCGGUUGCGGGAUUAUUCUUAAAGCAAAAGAUUCCAAAGAGUGAAGUUCAUCGAUACUCUACAAGUCUAUCAUCGCUUUUCACCGAUAAAAAGAUUCAGCACUACGCACAGAAGGCACAUUGCGCCAAAACACUCUACUAUGUGCUAGAGAGUGAUAAAGUUGAUUUCCAACUUAGAUUCGAAGAGGGUGAUCAUCUUAUUGACUACAUUGAAGAUGAUUGA